AUGUCCACUAUACCAAGAACAACUAAAGAGGAAAGCGAUGAAGGGGAAUUGAGAGAUGUAAGUGACUAUCUUGAAGAGAUGAACCGUAAGCUUAGAUGGAUGAAAGAUGAAGCACAAUUAAAAGCUGAUACUCAAAGAGGUAAAUUUCAAUUAAGAGGUAAUGAAUUUAAAGAUGAAUUAAAUUUCAUUUAUGUUUGUGCUUGGGUAUUGUUAAUCUUUAUCUUAGUUGUUGAUUAUCAUUCGUUGAGAAUUCUUAUCAAGACUAAAAUCCUUAACCAUACCCUUUCAGAAGUAAUUGGGGUUGUAUAUGGGGAAUGUCAAUAUUAA